UCACAUGGUUUACAAAUAUUUUUGCAGAAUAUUGAUUAACCAGUCAACAUAAGUCAUGGACCAGGAUUUGUAUGAUGAGUUUGGGAAUUAUAUUGGUCCAGAACUAGACAGUGAUGAUGAUGAUGAAGAGGAUUCUGAUGAUGAAAGAGAAGAACAAGUCGACAGGGAAUAUGGAGAUGAUGAUGAUGAAAUGGAACAAGAUGAUGAUCAGAACGAGAUGCAGGUGGUUCUUCACGAGGACAAGAAGUAUUACCCCACGGCGGAGGAGGUUUACGGACCAGAAGUCGAGACCAUCGUUCAAGAGGAAGAUACCCAACCUCUGACAGAACCAAUCAUUGCUCCAGUGAAAAAGAAGAAAUUUGCCAUGACAGAACAGGAUUUACCUGCAACUACCUACAACAUGGAGUUUUUGGCAGAUUUGAUGGACACCCCAGAACUGAUAAGGAAUGUUACACUGUGUGGACAUCUUCACCAUGGCAAAACCUCGUUUGUGGACUGUCUGAUUGAGCAAACACAUCCAGAGAUCUACAGUAAAGACGACAAAGAUAUACGCUACACAGACACUCUCUUCACAGAGCAAGAGAGAGGGGUCAGUAUAAAGGCUUCCCCAGUUACUGUAGUCCUCCCUGAUUCACGAAAUAAAUCAUUCCUGAUGAAUCUCUUUGAUACUCCUGGACAUGUGAAUUUUUCUGAUGAGGUAACAGCAGCAUUCCGACUGAGUGAUGGCGUGGUUAUAUUUAUUGAUGCAGCUGAGGGAAUAAUGUUGAACACAGAGCGACUUUUGAAGCAUGCUGUGCAAGAGAAACUACCUGUCACAAUUUGUCUGAACAAGAUUGACCGCCUCAUUCUGGAACUAAAGCUCCCACCCACAGAUGCAUACUACAAAUUACGACACACUCUGGAGGAGGUCAACUCACUUAUCAGUGUGUACUCUGAGGACGAGACUGGAUCCAUGGUGUCUCCAUUGCUGGGAAAUGUGUGCUUUGCCAGCUCAUACUAUAGGUUCUGUUUUACACUAGGAUCCUUUGCCAAGAUCUAUAGUGAUUCCUUUGGUGGAAUAAAUGACAAAGAAUUUGCAAGAAGACUUUGGGGUGACAUUUACUUCAACAGUAAAACAAGAAAAUUCACAAAGAAACCUCCCUCCAGUUCAUCUCAAAGAAGCUUUGUGGAGUUUGUUCUGGAGCCUUUGUACAAGAUUUUUGCACAGGUUGUUGGAGAUGUAGAUGAGUGUCUACCCAGACUCUGUGAUGAGCUUGGAAUUUCACUUACGAAAGAAGAAAGAAAGUUGAACAUCCGACCGCUUCUAAGGCUUGUCUGUAAUCGCUUCUUUGGAGAUUUUGCAGGAUUUGUGGACAUGUGUGUGAACUUUAUCAAAUCCCCUGUGGGCAAUGCCCAGGCUAAAAUAGAGCAUAUUUACACAGGGCCCUCGGAUAGUGACCUGGUGGAUAAUAUGUGUCAGUGUGACCCAGAUGGUCCACUGAUGAUUCAUACAACCAAACUCUACCCUACUCAGGACGCGACCAGUUUUCAUGUGUUGGGUCGGAUUAUCAGUGGAACUCUCCUUGCUAAUCAAGAAGUCCGGAUCCUUGGAGAAAAUUACUCACUACAGGAUGAAGAGGAUUCCAGAUUUGGACAAGUGGGACGACUCUGGGUUUCUGAGGCUAGAUACAAAGUGGAGGUCAACCGAGUGCCAGCUGGGAACUGGAUUCUCAUAGAAGGCAUUGACCAACCCAUUGUCAAGACAUCAACAAUAACCGAUGUCUCUAAUUCUGAUGAGGUGUAUAUAUUUCGGCCAUUGAAGUUCAAUACAAGUUCUGUCAUCAAGAUUGCGGUGGAACCAGUUAAUCCUUCAGAACUUCCCAAAAUGUUGGAUGGAUUACGUAAAGUCAACAAGAGUUACCCUCUCCUUACCACUAAGGUAGAGGAGUCUGGGGAACACAUUAUCCUGGGGACAGGUGAGCUGUACCUGGACUGUGUGAUGCACGAUCUGAGGAAGAUGUACUCAGAGAUAGAUAUUAAGGUGGCAGAUCCAGUGGUGUCCUUCUGUGAGACCGUGGUUGAAACUUCCUCACUCAAGUGUUUUGCAGAGACACCAAACAAAAGAAACAAGCUGACAAUGAUCGCAGAACCCCUGGAGAAGGGUUUGGCUGAGGACAUAGAGAAUGAAGUGGUACAGAUCACCUGGCCUAGGAAACGACUGGGAGAAUUCUUCCAGACAAAGUAUGACUGGGAUCUGUUAGCUGCCAGAUCUAUCUGGGCCUUUGGUCCAGACGCUACAGGACCAAACAUUCUAGUAGAUGACACCCUGCCCUCGGAGGUUGAUAAGAGUUUACUUGGAGCUGUCAAAGACAGCAUUGUCCAGGGAUUUCAGUGGGCGACGAGAGAGGGACCACUCUGUGAUGAACCCAUUAGGAAUGUGAAGUUUAAGAUUCUGGAUGCUGUGAUCGCUCAAGAGCCGCUACAUAGAGGUGGUGGUCAGAUCAUCCCUACAGCCAGACGAGUGGCUUAUUCAGCCUUCCUUAUGGCUACCCCUCGUAUGAUGGAGCCUUACAACUUUGUAGAAGUCAUGGCUCCUGCCGACUGUGUGUCUGCCGUGUACACAGUCCUAGCCAAAAGAAGAGGUCACGUUACCCAGGAUGCACCUGUUCCAGGCUCCCCGCUGUACACAAUCAAGGCCUUUAUUCCGGCCAUCGACUCGUUUGGAUUCGAGACAGAUCUGAGAACUCACACUCAGGGUCAGGCCUUCUGUCUGUCUGUGUUUCAUCACUGGCAGAUCGUCCCUGGAGAUCCUCUGGAUAAGAGCAUUCUGAUUCGACCUCUAGAGGCUCAGCCCGCCACACAUUUAGCCAGGGAAUUCAUGAUCAAGUCACGAAGAAGAAAGGGCCUGAGUGAAGAUGUCAGCAUCAACAAGUUCUUUGAUGACCCUAUGUUGUUGGAGUUAGCAAAACAAGAUGUGAUGCAGAGUUACCCAAUGUAGACUCAGACUGUGUGUUUUUAACAUCAUCACAAAGACAUUAUGUAAUAUUCAUUGUAAACUAUCAUUUCAUGACCAUGAUUAUGAAUAAUAAAUUUUAUUUGACAGAUA